GACAUCCACCUUCUGUUGUUGGGAAUGGCGGAGCAGCAGCAGCAACUAGAGCCAUGGACGGACCUCAGCGGCAAAGUGGUCAUGGUGACGGGAGCAUCUUCCGGCUUAGGGCGUGAGUUUUGUCUUGACUUGGGCAAAGCCGGCUGCCGUAUCGUGGCUGCCGCACGCCGCUUAGAUCGCCUUAAAUCCCUCUGUGAUGAUAUCAAUCGCCUCCACUUUACCGGACCUCAGUAUAGUGGUCUUCGAGCAGUCGCCGUCGAGCUCGACAUAUCUGCUGACGGAGCCACCGUAGAGGGCUCUGUGAAAGCAGCUUGGGAUGCCUUUGGGAGGAUCGAUGCUUUAAUAAAUAACGCUGGCAUUAGAGGUAAAGUGAGGGAUCCAUUGGAAUUGUCGUCGGAGGAGUGGGAUGAAAACAUGAGAACUAAUUUAAGAGGGUCAUGGUUGGUAUCAAAAUAUGUUGGGGCACACAUGCGUGAUGCAAAUCAAGGAGGAUCCAUUAUCAAUAUUUCUUCCAUUGACGGUCUUAAUCGUGGCAAAGUACCCGGAGGCUUGGCUUAUGCUUCCUCCAAAGCUGGCCUAAACACGUUGACAAUGACCAUGGCCUUGGAAGUAGGGAUGCAUAGAAUCCGAGUGAACUCGAUAUCACCUGGGCUUUUCGAAUCGGAGAUCACGAAAGACCUAAUGAAGAAGGAAUGGCUAACAAAUGUGGUCAAGAAAGGGGUCCCUUUAAGAACACUUGGUACGGUAGAUCCAGCACUGACAUCGCUGAUUAAUGCUUAAUCCAUGAUUCGUCGGAAUACAUAACCGGUAACAUCUUCAUCGUCGAUUCCGGGCUACCUUGCCUGGUGUUCCCAUAUUUUCUUCACUUGAGGAUCUAUUAAAUCUUUAUAAAUAAGG